CUGCUGCUGCCGAGGCUGAGGAGGAGGAGGAGGAGGAGGAGGACGAGGGAGAGCCUGAGAGCCUGGGCUCCGGAUGCCUUUCCCGGGGGGCUUGUGGUGGCUGCUCUGCUGCAGGCAGGGCUUCACCUUGCUGCGGAGGGACUAUGGCCAGGCGGGCAAAGGGGCGGCCGAGGAGGAGGAAGAGGAGGCCGAGGAGGAGUCCUUCGAGCUCCGCAGCCAGGUGGGCUUGCUGCCUUUGGCCUUCUUCGCAGGGAAGGGAGGAGGAGGAGGAGGAGGAGGAGGCUCAAGGAAGCAGGAAGAAGCUUCUGAAGCCUGGCUCAAAAUGGGACCUACCUUGCAGGUGACUCUCGCUCAGCCCAGCAGUCGUGCCAGCACUGGUUCUGAAAGGUCUUUGCCAGCGGCUGAAGAAAUGCAUAGUCUUAUCACAGAAAAGAAUUGUGGUAGGCUGCAAGGUGAACCUGAUGCUAUUAUGAAAGGUUGGCUGCAGCGAGAAGUCAGGGGUGGUAUUAAAACCCCAUGGUUGCGUCCUCGCAAGUACUGGUUUGUGCUGUCAGAGGAUUCCCUUGACUACUACAGUGGGUGUGAGAUGAAUGCCCGGCGCCUUGGGUCUCUUGUUCUCACUAGCCUUUGCUCUGUGCUGUGGCCAGACAAGCAAACCUACAAGGAGACAGGAUACUGGGCUGUGACAGUUUUUGGCAGAAAACAUUGCUACCGGCUUUACACAGAGCACUUAAAUGAGGCUGUGCACUGGGUCUGUGCUUUGCAGAAGGUCAUUGUCAGCAAGGCUCCUGUUCAGACCCCCACCCAGAUCCUCAUGUGUGACAUUGAGGAGAAUCAUAACAGCCCAGAAAUUUUGGAUCAGAUUUACCACAAUAAUCCCAUACUAUGCUACACAGCUGGCCCAAUCUAUGCACCAUUGUUGCCUUUUCCUUAUGCAGCAUCAGGUGGCCAAGGUUAUGCAGGGCUCCGUGAUGAAGCUGUCAAGCUCUUCUACUCGCUGCAGCAGCUGGAGGGAAUGCAAGAGCCAGCCCUACUCAUGCAAGGGGUGCUACAGACUUGCCAUGACCUCCCACCUCUGGUGGAUGAGAUCUAUUGCCAACUGGUGAAGCAGACAACAGAACCACCUGUGCCAGGUGCACCUACAGACCUGCGCUACUGGCAGCUGCUCACCUGCAUGAGCUGCACAUUCCUGCCUUCUCUGCCCAUACUGUGCUAUUUGCAGCUGCACCUGCAACGGACAGAAAACCGGUUCCCAGGCUCAGAGAUGGCUCUGUAUGGACGCUUCAUCACAGAGGCCCUGCGCAAGACCAAAGGCCGGGAAUGUGUGCCCUCACUGGAUGAGAUUGCACAGCUAAUAAAACGCCAGGAAAUGGUGUGCACUGUGCAUUGUCCCGGCACGGACACAUGCCAGGUGGCCAUCACUUCCCAUACCACGGUCCAAGAGGUGGCCCGGGAACUGAUGUUGCGCCUGGGCCUGGCCUGUAGCCCCAACUCGUUUAUCCUCUAUGAGGAAAGCUGGCAGCAUGGGUGCCCCCUUCCAGAGGAUGUACUCGUGGCAGACGUUCUCACUAGGUUUGAAAACUUGACUGGGGAACAGCCACACUGGAAGCCUCCUGCAAGACUCUGGUUUAGGCAUUAUGGGCAUCCAAACAUGGACUGUGUCGCAUGCAACUGUCAGGAAUUUGCACUGCUGUUUAAGAAGGGGAUUUAUCACUGCAGUAUUAUCUGCUGGACUUUGGGAUGGCACCUCUCUGGCCAAGCAGCAGGUGGAAUGGAAGGACAAACUGCACAGUCAUCUUCAGAAAGAGGCCAUCAUGGACAAAUGGAACCAGUUUCAAAGGAUGAGACAACUGGAGGCCAAGCCAACCUGUCUCAGCGUAGAGGGCAAGUGGUUGGCCUUUGGUUUUGCCCUCUUUGAUACAGAAGCUCAUGAGGUAAAGGAAAUUGUGCAGCAUCUACAGGCAAGCAAGUUCAGCACCACUCUGCAACAGGAGACUCACUGACUACAUUAACCAAGACUGCACUCAAAACUGCGAAAGAUGAGACUGCCUGAGUUGCCUGACUCCUCUUUGCCCUGGCAGCAGCCUUGUUGUCUAGGAUAGUGCCUUUUUCAGUCAGACACUUUUAGCAGGGAUACUAGUAGCACUUUUUGCUCCUAAGGAGCUGAUAACUUUGUUUUCUCUCCUGUGCAGAGGGAUUCCCCACCCAAACUUGUAUUAAAAAAUAUUUAUAUCACUUCA